CUGGACAAUGCUGCAGAAGCUGCGGAGAAGUUUAAGUUAAUCCAGGCAGCGUAUGAUGUGCUGAGUGAUCCUCAGGAGAGAGCAUGGUACGAUAAUCACAGAGAGGCUCUGCUUAAAGGCGGCCUUGACGGGGAGUAUCAGGAUGACAGCCUGGAUUUGCUUCACUAUUUCACUGUCACCUGUUAUUCCGGUUAUGGAGACGAUGAAAAGGGUUUCUACACUGUUUAUCGGAAUGUUUUUGACAUGAUUGCAAAGGAAGAGCUCGAAUCUGUGUUAGAAGAUGAAGUUGAGGAAUUUCCUACUUUUGGAGACUCUCAGAGUGAUUAUGAUACGGUAGUCCAUCCUUUCUACGCUUACUGGCAGAGUUUCUGCACUCAGAAGAACUUCGCUUGGAAGGAAGAAUAUGAUACACGACAGGCUUCAAACCGCUGGGAGAAACGAGCCAUGGAAAAGGAAAACAAGAAGAUCCGAGACAAAGCGAGGAAGGAGAAGAACGAACUUGUCCGCCAGCUGGUGGCUUUCAUUCGGAAAAGGGACAAGAGAGUGCAGGCUCACCGGAAACUGGUGGAAGAGCAGAACGCAGAGAAGGCGAGGAAGGCGGAGGAGAUGAGGCGGCAGCAGAAGCUGAAGCAGGCAAAGCUGGCCGAGCAGUACAAGGAGCAGAGCUGGACCGCGGUGGCUGACCUGGAGAAGGCGCUCAGGGAGAUGGAGGCGCGGUACGGAAGGGAGUUUGGAGAUGAAUCAGAUGAAGGCGAGCCCGAGGAGCAAGAGCCCAGAGACGGACAGGAUGGUAAGGACAGUGAUGAGGUUGAGGAUGCUAAGCUCUUUGAUGACCUGUACUGCCCAGCAUGUGACAAGUCUUUCAAGACAGAAAAGGCCAUGAAAAAUCAUGAAAAAUCCAAGAAGCAUCGAGAGAUGGUUGCCUUAUUAAAACAACAGUUGGAAGAAGAGGAAGAAAAAUUUUCUGGACCCCAGACAGAUGAAAAUCCAUUGGAUGCCAGUUCUGAGAAGGAAGUGGAAGAGUCACCAAAGCAAAAGCUCUCUAAAAAGCAGAAGAAAAAGAAACAGAAACGAGCACAGAGUUAUGAUGAUAACUUCAAUGAAAAUGGAACUGAAGCAGUCCAUGUUGAUCCAGAAAAUACCAAUUUAAAUCAAGACAGUGCCAAAGAAUUGGGUGACAGUCCCCAAGGAAGCAUCAGUGUCACGGAGACCACUGAGCAGCGUGAGGACACAAGAAGUGCAACUAAAAGUGUCCCUAAACCCAAAGGAAAGAAAGCCAAAGAUACAAAAAAAGCAGUCAAAGUCCCUGUUGAAUCACAGUCAGAGGGCGAUACUCUUCUCAGCUGUUCCACAUGCCAUGAUGAAUUCCCAUCGCGGAACAAGCUCUUUGAACAUCUAAAAGCCUCUGGUCAUGCAAGAGCGCUUUCAUCAUCAUCAUCUUUGAACAGUGCUGCAAGUAGUCGAAGCAAGAAAGAAAAACGUCGCAACAGAUAG